GUGCAGCUCCUGGGCUCUCAGUGAUUUACUAUUGGAAUUGUGUGCACAAUAUAAAAGUGAUCGACAAAAAUGCAUAACAAUAUGAAUAUGAAUUCUGUGACUAAUAAUAAUAAUAAUAAUAUUAAGCAACAACUGAUGGCACGUAACGAUCAGAUACUGAAUCUGAAACUAGAAUCCAAUAGCAAUGUCGAGGAAGUAUUUGACGACGAAGUCAUCAACAAUAACGACGAUGAAGAUGAAGAAGUCGAUGACAACGACAACGACAACGAUGACGACGACAACAACAGUCUGAUAGACGAUAGUAUGGACGACAUCGACGACGACGACAACAAUUCUCUACCGUCGCCGCCGUCCGACACUCAUAUAUACGGUACGUCCUAUCUAUCCAAUGAAUCCGUUGACCACCAUCACCACCGCAACAACAACGGCGGUGUACAUCAUCAUCAGCAUCGUCACCACAAACAUCACGAAGAUAUGGUCAGCGAAGGUUCGCCAAUGAUGGGACCGUUAGCCCAGUUGCAGAAUGCACUGGAAAGGCAUUCGGGAAUGUUGGGCAUGAAUUUACCGGAUUUUACCUCAACCACCAACGGUACGACACCGUCGAUAUUCAGCUAUUCCAGCGAUUCAAUGAAUCACAAUCUAAUGUUGGGUACGCCUACGGCCAUCAAUAUGGACAACGAUAUUACCGGCGAACUAUAUCGUUGUCAUCUAUGCUCCUAUUCGGGUACAUCCAAGAGUCAAUUUGAAAUGCAUAUGAACACACAUUUUGAUCAUAAAUGUCCGUUUUGUGACUACACCUCACGUACGGAGGGCCGACUCAAGCGACACGUACGCGAUUUUCAUUCGGAAGUACCGCCGGACAGUUGGGCCGGUAAUCGGGUACUGAAAGAGAAUAGCCUGCAAGAGGGCGGCGGCGGCGGCGGUGUUGGCGACGACAGCCAUAACGGCGACGACAGCGACGGCGGUCUGAAUGGUAGCGGCAGUGGAUCUAAGUCGAGGAAAUACAAGUGCAAACAGUGCGAGUUUGUGGCCACUUGUAAACAGGAAUUCUGGGAUCACUCCAAAGCACACAUCAAAUCGGAGAAGCUGUUGACGUGUCCGAAAUGUAAUUUUGUUACCGAAUACAAGCAUCAUCUGGAGUAUCAUUUGCGUAACCAUUUCGGAUCCAAGCCGUUCAAGUGUGCCAAAUGUAACUACAGUUGUGUUAAUAAAUCAAUGUUGAAUAGUCACAUGAAAUCGCAUUCAAAUAUCUAUCAGUACCGAUGCGCCGAUUGUAGUUACGCUACCAAAUAUUGCCACAGUUUGAAACUGCAUUUACGGAAAUAUCAACAUAAACCGGCCACUGUACUCAAUUUGGACGGUACGCCCAAUCCGUAUCCGGUUAUCGAUGUCUACGGUACCCGACGCGGUCCACGGCCAAAGAAACCCAAACAUGGCAACAAAGCCGGCACCGGUGGUGGCGGCGGCGGCGGCCAACAAAACAACAACAGGUCAUCGCUAGACUCGUCAUCACUGCCCCAAACACCGAUUCAGUCACCGAUAUCGCCAAACCUCCUGAACGUUGCAUCCAUUCCGCCAUUAAUACCCGCAUCGAUGGGACCGAUGGGUCUGCCGUUUAUGUAUUCAUCCAAUCCGUCGUCGCUCAUCCAUAACGGUCUGUUAGGUUCGCCGGCAAUGACGCAACUAUCGCAUCAAAUGUCGCAAUCAUUGUUUGAUAUGUCAAUAGGCGGUGGCGUCGGCGGUGGCCGACCGAAAUCAGUCACUUCACCGAAUGGUAAUGAAAACUAUAGUCAAUCGCCAACCGAUCGCCAGACAAAUAGUAGUAAUAAUAAUAAUAAUAAACUGAAGUGUAAUUUCUGUGAUUUUACGGCCGAAACUCGCGAUCUGUUUGGCAAACAUUUGUUAUUACAUGUGGCCGCCGAAAACCAAGACAUGUGUAGCCGAAUGUACGGUAUGACUGGCCCGACAAGCGCCGCCGACAUUGCCCAUCAAAAUGCAAUACUACAGGAAUUGACGGCCAGACAGUCGCCCGAUUCCCGAUAUCUGUUCGAACAGAUUACCGCCAAUCCGGCUCUGGUCAGUACAUUACUCGGAAUGCAUUCACUGCCCAACAAAUCUGAUCAGCAAUUGUUGGCCGCUUCGCGGGACUGGCACUCGUCGUCGCAGUCAUUGUACGAAUCCAUUGGUGGUAGUAUUCAUCAGCGAAAGGCAAUGACACCGCCGACGACGACAAAAGAUCACCAGUCUAUGGCCACCAACGAUAGUACAGCUAACGUACGAUCAGAGUCGGCACCUAUCAGAUCAAACACAAAGAAUGAGCUAUUAUUGUCGUCGUUGUCGUCAUCAGGAGGACUGUCACCACUUCAUCCCCGAUCGCGAAGUAGUCCAUCAAAUUCAUUGGAGUCAUCCAUCGAGUCGACGAUGACUGAUAGGCAUCAUAAUCAACAGCAACAACAACAACGCAAGCAUUUAAGUAGUCAUUCAGAGUCAUCAGCGGCGGCGAUACCGCUGGACUUGUCAAGCAAUAAAAGUAUGUCUCCAUUGGGAGGACAACAGUCAAUCAUCGAUACGAAGACGACACUGUUUUUGGCGGCGGCGACUGCGGCUCAACAAUCGCCAAAAAAUCGGUGUCAAUCAUCCACUGAUGAAGACAAGACAGCAGAUAACGAGUCAUUAAGACAGGGAAUGGGAGGCCUAGGAGGAGGAGGAGGAGCAGUGAAUCAAACAUUAGCCAUCAAAGACUAUCAUCCGGAACCACAACCACCACAGCAACAGUCAAGAGCUCAACGGCGAAAAGGACGGGCGUCUAAGCUAUACAUAAAUCAUUGUAUUAAUGGCGAUGACGACGACGACAGCAAUGAUAAUCAUCAUAAUCAUAAUGAUGGUGUUGUCGUCGAUGAUAAUGACAAUGAUGAUGAUGAUCGCCGACACCGACUACUACUAUCAUCAGUUGAAGAACGUAUUAUUAUUGGUAGUGAUCCAGAAAUUUGUGUCGACAGUAGCAGCAAAAAACAGCAGCAGAUGAACAACAAUGGCCACAACAACAAUGAAGAGCCACAAGUGGACAACAUUAUCACCAAAAUCAAUAGCGCAACACAUCUACUCCAAGAGAUUCUCGUCGAUAUGUAUUCAUUAAAGAAUGAUAAUUAUCAUUAA